GCCGUCGCGUUCGCCCGCCUCCGUGCCGGCCCCGCGUUCCGCACGCGCUCCGCACGCGCACCGCCCGCGCCCACACACGCGAACACGCCGCCGCCGCUCUCGCUCUCACACCGUGCAUGUGCUUCUGUGACGGCUUCUCAGUGCUUUGACGUGGAGGCUCGGGCCACCGGCGCCGCUGGGCCCGUGAUCGGCCCGGGCGGCGGCAUGGAGUCACCACAGAUGUAUGAUGCGGCCGCCGCACCGCCGCCACCGCCGCAGCCCGACCUCAAGAAGGUCGUGGAGGACAAGCGUGCACCCUUCCCGCCGCCGGACCUCGACGAGCUCAAUGGCCAGGAGAUCAGCCUCGACUUACAACACCUCAUCGAGGACCAGUUCCGGGGGGAGGAGACUAUGGCGCUGUUCCAGGAGAUCCUGCCUGGGGGACGGUCGCCGCAGCCGAGGUUCACGAGGACCACGCUGGCGUAUAUGCCGCAGCCGGUGCACUCCGGGGCGUCGUAUGCGCCGGUGCAGACCAGCUCAGGGCACGAGCAAGCGCCACCGAUCAAGGAGGAGCCUCCCGAGCCACAGGACUUCCGCCGCGCUGUGACGUGUGCGCAGUACACGGGACAAUACAACCCGCAGCCGCCAGUGGGUGUGAACAACCCUUACACGGGCAGCUUCACACCACUACCACCUCUUGGCGCGCCGCUGCUGCCUCCGCUAUUGAAACACAAGCCUCCGCCCUCGCGGCGAUCCUCAGGGAAAGUGAUAGACAAAGGAACAGAUGAGUACAGGAGGCGACGCGAGCGCAACAACAUCGCCGUGCGGAAGUCACGGGAAAAGGCGAAGGUGCGCUCACGCGAAGUCGAGGAGAAGGUGAAGACGCUGUUGAGAGAGAAAGAGGCUUUGCUUAAGAGGCUGGAGGCGGUGUCAGGGGAGCUGAGUCUGCACAAGCAGAUGUACGUGCACCUCAUCAACCUGAACCACCCGGAGAUCACGGAGUUGUGCCGCUCCAUGCUGCAGCUGGGAGCGCCGCACGCGCCGGACCACUCGCUCUGACCGGAGAUGGAGUCAAACGAGUGGGGCUAGGAGUGUCUCUCCGUGUGAUACAAUGUGCAUUAACUAACAAAAUAGUGAAUUCUCUGCAUAAGUUUAGUUAGAGAAAUUACUUGUGAUUUUUACUGUUUACUUUUAUAUAAAAUAUACACGGAUAGCAUAGAUAUAAAAUGUGACGUCAGAUUAAAAAAUACGAAGACUAUAUUUUCAUAAUAAAAUGGCGCCCGGGGUAUAUUCCUAAUUUUUUUGUUAGUAAAUUUCUUUUUUAAAUGCGAUAUUUUUUCUAUAUAAUAAAUACAUUUUCAUUUGUAUAUUUUUCUCAAUUUUAAACCGCAAAAAACUAGAAAAUUUAGGGAGAAAUAAUAUUCUUUUGCUGGUUUUUGGAACAUGACCUCGCAUUUCGAAAGCAACUCACGAUUAUUUUCCUGGGUAACUGGUGCCAAACACUUUUUGCUGUAUAUAAAUUAGGAGGAUGCAAAAAUGAAGAUUAUGAGGUUUUUUUUUUUUUUUGCAUAUU